UAUUUUGGGAUAUCCUUUGAUGAACAGUGCACCAAACUGAAGAACUCCAAGAAGGUAAGAAGGAAGAUGCGAGAAGUUUUUGAUCUGGGAGCAAAGGUGGAGAACUUCGGGUAUCCAGUGGAGAAUCGGUUUGUUGUUCUACAGGAAACAAACGCGCCACUUCCAGUUUCAAUCAUGUCAACUGAAAAGAAAACUUGUGGUCGCAAAAAGAUUGAGAUGAAAAAGAUGAGCAAAGAGAGCAACCUGCAAGUGACUUUCUCGAAGCGCCGUAGUGGAGUCUUCAAGAAAGCCAGUGAGCUUUGCACACUCUGUGGUGCAGAUGUUGCUCUCGUUGUAUUCUCACCUGGAGAGAAGGUGUUUUCCUUUGGUCGCCCACAUGUUGAUACGGUCAUAGAUCGUUAUCUAUCACGUGUUCCACCCCAAAACAAUGACACCAUGCAAUUUAUUGAGGCUCAACGUAGCGCCAAUGUGCGUGAGCUCAAUAACCAAUUAACUCAAAUCAACAAUACGUUGGACAUUGAAAAAAUUCGUGGUGAUGAGUUGAGCCAUUUGCGCAAAGUAACUGAAGCUCAAUUUUGGUGGGCUUGUCCCAUUGAUGGAAUGAAUAUGGCUCAAAUUAAAUUAUUCAAAAAGGGCUUGUCCCAUCAUCAAGGAAAUCUUCAACAAACUCAAAUGUUUCAACCUCAAUUUUUUCAGAACCCCAUGUUGCAAUCUCAUUUGUUUGGCUUCAACAAUAUGGGAGGAAGAGGCAGAUAUGGACCCUUCGAAUUCUUUUGAUUUGAUGGCUUAGAUCCGUCUUAAGAUGCCCUUAUUAAGAUUUAUCUUUCAUGUUUUAUUUAAUCUAUUUCAAUUAUAGUAUAAUGGCUUAACUAGUUUCUUUUAUGAGAUUUGGUUAGGACUGUAUCUCAAGGUUAUCUAAAUCUUUAUUUUCAUGUUGUAUGAUAUAUUGUUAUA